AUGAACUCUACUACACCAGAUACGCAAAAAAUAAAAGCUAAAAAGAGCUGGAGAUGGUGGCAAAACAACGCAGCUACUACAAACUCUACUACAUUAGAUAAAUCUCCCGAUGUUGUGGUCCGCGCAGAGGAACUCAGAGAUGAGGAUGAGGAUCAAAUUGAUAGCAACAAGUUGAAUUGCUCCUCCUCGAUCGCACAGUCAUCACUUGUGGUGCACCACUCCAUCCAUUCAAAAGAAUCCGAGGACAUAGCAUCUACAACGUCGAUCAAAAGUAAACCUUGGGUAUCCAAAAAGCUAAGGCCGCCAACAGCCACUGGCCAAGAUGAUGAUGAGGACGAUCAAAAUACUCUGGGCACAACGCAAUCCAUAAACAAGAUUGAAUCCAAUUCCACAAAGAUAAAGGAGAAUUACAAGACAGCGUCCUCCUCCUCACUGAUGAAUGCAACGCCCUCCAUCUCUUCAUCAACUGUGCCUGUGUAUAACUUUAAUCCUGAGCCAGAGCAGCCUCGUCGCAGCUCCGGUAUUAAGGCCAAGUUCGGGAGAUGGGUCAAUCGAAGCAAUGGAAAUAAGGAUUAG